AGCUGCUAUAGCAGCUGCUGCUAAUUGCUAAUGCGCAGGCACCCUGUCUCAGCGCACACCCGCCGGAGAAAUGUGAAUGCGCGGGGAGCCUGCGUGGCACGUGACCGUCAUGUCUUGGCGCCCGCAUGCGCUAGAACAUCGCGAGCAACUUUGUCGCGACAGCCUCGAAAAUCCUCCACGGAAGGCUUGUCGUCCCGCCCCCGUCCCGAACCGUCACCAUCUUGGACGCGUCCGGAGAAAGCAUCUAACCAUUUGUAGAAGCGGUCCCCCUUCGCGCCCGCCGGAGCUGCAGACGGACAAAGGGCUGCAGGCCUCGACAAAGGCCCUCCCUCCAGCCGACCGCACACUCUCCUCCCACCACAACCCGCCGUAUCUCUACACCGCCAACCGCUCGCCGCCAUGGAGGAGGAAAUGAAGGACGCUCCCCGCGCGCCUGUGCAGGCUCCCACAUUCCGCCCGCCAAGGAUGGUGUCAAGGCCGAAGCCGCCCGUCCAGCAGGAAGAGGAGCUGGGCGCCGAACCCAAGCUGGGCGACUUCGAAGGGGAACACGCGCUCUCGAUCUCUGAGGCCCGCGCUGUGGUUACGGCUAUACAUGGCGCGAGGCGGAAGAAGGACACGAAUGCCAACCCGCUGGGCGGGGACAGGGUGCACAACGAUUCGCAAUCGAUCCAGCAGUUCGUCGACUACCUCGACAUGUUCUCCCGUUACAAGCAGACUGAAAACCUGCAUGCAAUGGGCGCCAUCUUCGACGCGAACCCCCAAAUCUCCUCUGUUGAGCGGGCGCUGCUUGGAUCCCUCUGUCCCGACACCGCCGACGAGGCCAAGACCCUCAUCCCGUCGCUGGCCACCAAGUUCGACGAUGACAACCUGCAGCCGAUACUAGACGAACUGCAGAAACUCCAGGAUCGGUUUGGAUAGACGAGUUCUUCAAUCUCUGCUUCAGGCAGUGGGCUGCCGCCGACAAGAAGCACGACGCCUGGCUCCGCGAGAACCAAAUCCCCGAGGACGCCGAGGCUGCCGGAGGAUUUGCUCAACCUUGAGCUUUUGUCGAAACGAAGGUAAUGCCGCGGUGAUGAUGGCGGCGAAAAACAGCGGAUGAACGUGAACAUGCGACUGCGAAUGCAUGGGAUGGCGUUUUGAUUAUUGCGAUACCAUUGAUAGACCAAUGUGUCUCAUUAUUGCACCAAAAUGCUGACGAUCCUCUCGUGAGGCUACAGUAGGGUAUUUCUUGCCACAAUACACCCACAUUUCUAUUCUC